CAAUGACACCGUGAAUAUUUGGAAAGGGGUUAGUUUUCCCACGAAGAAAUCUCUGUUGAAAACCGUAGAUAUGGUAAGGGCUGUGUUGACGUGGCUAAGGAGAUGAUAGCACUAGAAAUGUGGGAAAAGAUUGACAGAAAACAGCCACGUUGGAUGUAGAAGCAAAGUCUUGCGCAUCUGUAUUUCGCUGUUCAGUGUUCAGAACGUGUGCAAGAACCUGCUUGUAACCACCCGUCUUUCUUUUCAACGAUUGGGGGUGCACUUCAGCUGGGAGUGGAUACCGCUGAAAUUCCCGAACAAAUCCCAUGGUUGCUUAGAACCGGAACCGCCAACUUCUCUCGCUCAGGAAUGGUCCAGAGCUCUUUCAAGGCAUGCCGAUGCCGCCCCAGGUCUCCCUCUGCCCGUCUUCGCUGCCUGGGUCCGCCAUCGGCGUCUUCUCCACAGACUGGAUAAAAGAAGGCACGGAAAUGGGGCCCUACACGGGACGGAUAGUGCGCCCUCACGAGGUACCGACCGACAGGGAUAACCAGUUCAUGUGGGAGGUGUUCGAUGACCAGGGUCGGGUCAGCCACUUUGUGGAUGCCUCGGACGAGACGCUUCAGACCUGGAUGUGCUAUGUCAACUGCGCCCGCAACGAGCAGGAGCAGAACUUGGAAGUCUUCCAGACCGGCUCCGAUAUCUACUAUCGGGCUGUCAAGACAAUUCCACCCGACCAAGAACUCUUCGUCUAUUAUGGUGCGGCAUACGAUCUCUUUAUGAACAGUAUCCCUAUGGGGCUAAGCUCCCCUGAUCACAAGGGCAACAACGGCAGUGCCAAGAUUGGAGGUUCCGAUCUGGCCAGCGCCGACCAGCAGUCCAAUUCGGCUGGCCGCCUCCACUGUGUGGUGUGUCGUCGGGGGUUCAACUCCCGUAGCAACCUCCGUUCGCACAUGCGCAUCCACACCCUGGACAAGCCCUUCCUCUGCAAGUUCUGCCACCGUCGCUUCAGCCAGUCAUCGACGCUGCGCAACCACGUGCGUCUGCACACAGGCGAGAAGCCGUACCGAUGCAACGUGUGCCACAGCGCCUACUCGCAGUUGGCCGGCCUGCGCGCUCACCAAAAGAGUGCCCGUCACCGCCCGCCGCCGGCGGGCGCUGUACCUCCCGUCAGUCAACAAGCCCAGCAGCCGCUGACGUUCCACCACCCCGACCACACCGCCUCCAAGAUCCCGCAGAACUGAGGCAGAGAACCUGGUCCUCCAGAACUGUCGAUCAACGAGGGAAUCUCGCACGAACGCAAAUAUAUUUGAAGAGACGACUGGAAACCUUUUAUUCUCAAGAUUUUUGUUUUCGAAAUAGGGUUAGAGGAGCUGUCACGAGCCAUUCUUCUGGGUAGGACUGCACGCCGAGCACACUGAUAUCCGUUCCCAAUAAUACGGGCGUUUCACAAAAGUGCGCAUCCAAGAGUUGGUAACGAACUGGCCAAUCAUAAUGCGCGAAAUUUGCCUUCGCACAUUGUGAUUGGUCAACCCGUUGCAAACUCUUGGAGGCGCACUAUUGUGAACCGCCCGUAUUGUGAGCACCGACGUGUAUGAUAAAAUCUGGACUCGCAGUGCCCUAAAUCAGCUUAUAGAGCUAUUGAAUCCAUUCGCGGCCAUUUUACCGAGCCAAAUACAAAGCUCUCCUGGCAAUGCCCGCCUUUGUUCUU